AAUCAGCGCUCCCCCCAAAAAGAUGAAUUCGACCUUUCCAGAAGUCUGCGAAAGAGGCUAUCCAACCAUCAUGUUUGUUCAAGGCACGGCCUCCUGCCUGGCGUCAACGGACGCACCCCAUUGGCUAACCGCAAAUUCAAGUCAGCCAAUGGAAGAGGACCACACUACACCUGCUACCGUCUUGCUGAUUUCAGUACUCUCACUAAGGCAGUCCCUGGCGGCAAAACAAUUUUUCUCUCAGCAUAUUUUCUAUUAUUUAACAGCGUUUCUACAAGAUCUCUUAUACAUUUGAGCACAUCAUGUCUGAGAGAGUUAAAUGGCUGAUUUUGAUGCUGAUGUUUACUUGUUGUUUGGCGAAAUUAGAUGAAAACUUGCACUUUAUAACAAAGGCUCCACAGGAGGGGUACACGUGGAGACUGGUCACAGAUGGACAGGGAGUCACGCAGUUGUUAUUAGACAAGAACUACGACAUCGUGGACUGUAAUGUUACCCUAGGUGCUCCGGCUAAAACAGCUGUGCGGGAUUUGUUCCGGGAGGCAGUACAGUCCUACUCCGGCGCUAUCAUAGACCAGCACAUGGACGACACCGACCACGACCGCUACAAACGCAAAUGCGCAAAGUUCUUAAGAGACUCUAAAAGGAUCAAGUACGAGACGACCGCCCCGCUGUACCAUGAGAGGAUGAGACGGGAAAGGUUCCGAUCCACGUGGCCUGGCACGAACUGGUGCGGAACAGGCCCGGCACCACCAAACUCUACAUUGGGGAAGAACAACGGGACGGACAGUUGUUGUCAACAGCACAAGCAGUGCGACGAUGUUGUGGAAGGUUACCAGAGAACAGACUACUACCAGAACAUGCGACCUUGGCGCAUCUCUCACUGCGACUGUGACCGGCAGUUGUACGACUGUCUUGCCGCCGUCAACACGUCCGUGUCGUAUGCAGUCGCCUUCACGUACUUCCACGACUUCAACCCGACCUGCUUCGAACGGCGUCGGAAAGAGAUCUGCACGGAGCACGACGAUUGGUUCAGCUGUAAGAAAAUUGAAAAGGUUAAAGUACCGACAGAGAAGGACAAUCCGACUUGGCCUGCAUUUUAUCCGCCACAUUUUACUCGCCCUCGACAGAAAACACAGGAGAUAGUUCGGCCUACUCAACGAGCGAGAGGGUUUUAGUUUUGUCUUGCCACGCUGAAAUUUUCCGUCUCUCUGACGGUAGUAUCUCACUGCAUUU